ACCUAGUAACAAAGUGAUAGUUGGUUGUACCAUGAACAGCGAUGUAGCUGUAGACAAAACUAACGAAAAUAUGCCGGAAAAUAUUUGUAGUACACCUAAAGAUGUUGAACAAAUUACAACUGAUGAAAACGAAAACGAAAAUUAUGUAGCACCAAUUAAACAAGAACAAAUUGAUACAGAUACCAAUCAUUCCGUUGAUGAAGUAGAUCAUAAAGCAGAUUUAAAUGCUGAAGACAAGACUCUUGACGAAUCAAAAGAAUUGAAAGACGAGAAAAAGUCACCUCCAAGCGACGUUGAGGAAAUCAUUAACAAUGAUUCAACAUUAAACGAAGAAAAGUCUUUAACUGACUUCAGUAAUUCUGAAAUUAGUGUUCAUGAUAAAGAUGACAAGAAAAGUGACGAGAAAGAAGACUUAGAAAGGGAAGCAAAAGUAGUGUCAGAAGUAGACGCGUCAGGAGAUAAGUCAAUAGAACAAUCUUCUGCAGGCGAUCAAGACGUCUUGAAAGUAACAGAAAAGAAUCGCGAGAAUGAUAAAACAAAAUUAAUUAAAGGCGAAAGUACCACGAAUAGUACGGAAAUGGGCAUGGAAUCAUUAGAAAAUAAAUCGCUGGAAGAAGAAGAAAGCAAGUUACCUGAAACCGAAAAUAAAAAUGUAGAGCUUGAUGACAGAAACCUGGUUACUAAGGACUUCAAUGAAGCUAUGAAUACAGAAAAUAUAAAUCACAACAUCUCACCCUCUGAAAUGAAAGAUAAUAAUACUGAGACAAAAGUAUCCCUCGAUGAUCAAGAAAACAAAGAAAAUAUGCAUGUAAAUCACAAAGAAAUAACUGGCAGCUUUACAGAUACUAUUGACAAAAAAAGCGAAGAAUCCAAAGAAAAAGUUAAAAUAAAAAAUAUUAGAGCUAAAUCUCUCUCAGAAGAACGGUUAAAACUAAAAGAAAGUAACAAAGACAGGGAUAGUAAAAAAACAAAACGAAUCAAAUCAGUUGAUUCGAAUAAAAAUAAUCUUAAAAAAAUGGUAUCUCAAACAAAAAUUGAUACAACUAGUAAUGAAAAGGAUAAACCAGAUGGAGUAGUGGCUGAAAAUAAAACUAGACCUAAAAGAUCCCUUUCUGAAGACGCAGUUAAAGAUAACACAAAUACAGAAGAAUCACGUGGAAGCUUCGAUUCUUCAAAAUUACGUGAAGAAAUAGAUACAGUUAAUGAAUUAAGUAAAACGACAAGUUUUAAAACGAGUUACAACCCUUACAAGUUGAGACAAGAAAUUAAACAAGCUUCUGAAGACUCUAAUAAUAAUAAUAGCAGUAUGGCUAAAGUAGCCAGUGAAAUAGCAGCAGCUACUAAAAUACAGUCCACCUGGAGAGCUUAUGCCUGCAGAAAGAGCAUAAAACAAAUUCCAAAAGACACAACAAAUGAUUCAAAGAAGCACGAGGAAGAAGCACACAUAAAUGUAAUAACAAAUUCUUUAACAAAGAAUAAUGAAGAUGUAGAAACAAAGGAAGAUGAAGAGAAGAAAAUUAAAGAUGAUUUAGAUGGUGCGACUGAAAAAUGUCAAGACACUUUAAAAACUGAAGCGGACUCGGUUACUGAAGAUGUUAUUGAAGAAAAAACUGAAAAUUACCAAAACUCUGCAACAGUUGAAGAUAAUGCUAAUAAUAAUUUAGUAGAAGACAAAGUGCUUGACGAAACUGCAGCAAUCGUAGAGAAGUCUGACGAAGCAAGCAAACUUAAAGAAAAUAAAGAAGAUACGGAAAGUGAAAGUAAGAUUGAUGAUAACGAUAAAAAAUCAACACUGCAGGAGAGUACAAAGUCAAUGGCAGAACAGAAUUCACCAGAAGAUAAGUCAAAUAAUGAAUCAGACGUUCCUGCGGAAAGUGAAAAAACAACAGAAGAAGAAAGUCAUAAAACGGAUAAAUUAGAAUCUAUAGUUCAUAUGGAAACAGAAAAUGAAAAAAGAGAAGACUCCAGUGACAUAGUUUCUCAAGACAUAAAAGCAACCGAAGGCACAGUAAGUGAAAGUAAUGAAAACCAUGACAAAAUUGAAUCAGCAAAUGGUGUUAGUGAGAACGUUUUAUCCACAGAAAAUGGUAAAGAACUUGAAAACAACACCAACGCAGAUAUGACACAAGAAAUGCAAAAGAGUACUGCAGAUGAUAAAGAUAUGUAUAUAAAUUCUGAAGAUAAAACCACUUCUAAUACGAUAAUAACUGAGCAAACCACUGACAAUAAGUCGCCGGUACAAAAUCAUGAACAACAAGAAGUGGUAAAUGUGCCACCAGAGAAAUGUAACGAAGAUGAACAAAAUGAGAAUUCGAUCAAGAAAAGUGAAGAAACAACUGAAGACGUAUCUGCAAAUGCUAAAGGUGACACCACUGUAUCAAAUUUACAACAGUCUGAUAGUAUUUUGCCAAAUGAUACAAAUCAGGAAAAAUCAGAACAAACUGACACAAAAGAAGUGGACACUAACACAAAUACAGAAAUUACUAAAGGAGAUGGAAGUAAAGAAACAUUGUCAAGUUCAGAAGAGCAAGAAAAUGAUAAAGCGGUGGAAGAAACUGUAACUAAAAAAGUUGACUCGGCACUAAAUUCUGAAAAUGUUAGUAAGUCCAAUAUUAAUGAAAAUGAAGACACCGUGAAAGAAGAUCUUGACAAAAUUAGUACAGAUAAAGACAACAAUGGAGAUCAGAAUAAUCAACAAACUGAAGCUAAAGAUUUACCGGUGGAAAAAGAAAUUUUAAGUAUGGCAGAUGCUGUUAUAAAAAUUCAAGCCACGUGGCGGGGUUACAAAACGAGAAAACAAAUUGAAGACGAGAAACUGUUUGGAGAUUCAGUUGAGAAAGAAAUUAAGCAAAAAGAGGAUUUAGAACUUGCUAAAAAAAUAGAUAAACAUGCAGCUAUUUCAAAAAUUCAAGCUGUUUGGAGAGGAUAUAAAGUAAGAAAAAAUAUUAAAGAUGUUAAUAACAGGUUAGCGGAACUGCAGAAACCAACAGAAUGUGAUGAAAUGCCCUCCCAGAGGGAAUUAAGUGAUGAAGAUAUUUUCAACGCGGCAACAAAAAUUCAAGCUGGUGUUAGAGGUUACAUGGUUCGUAAAAAGAGAAGUAACGUUUGUCACUUAAAAAGUAUUACCGAAGAAAAUACACCAGAGAAUAAAAUGGCAGAUGAGGAGGUAAUUGAAUCACUUCAACAAUUACAAGACAUUCCUCGUCAUUCUCCUGAAGUCAGUAAUAAAAGCGAUGAUGGAAGCCAACAAGUGAAAAAAGAAGAAUUAGCACAUACUGAUUCAGACACUGCCGAAGCUGCGAUGCUUGAAAAUUUACCAGAUAACUCAAAAGAAAAACAAAUGGACAUUAAUAGUAACACAGAAAAUGUUAAUAAUUCACCUGAAGUCAAUAAAAAUUCCAACGAUUUAAUGCAACAAGCAGAGAAGGACGAACUCGUACAACCUGUUUCAGAUACUGCUGAAAAAUGUAUGCCUGAGAAUUUCGAAAUGUUAAAUAACACUAAAUCAGAUACCGCAAAUGAUAAAUUAAACGAAAAAAAAAUAUACGUUGGCAGUAACACAAAAAGUGUUGAUAAUCAAAUUACAGGAAAUGAAGAAGCUAAAAAUAAUGAAAUGAGAAAUACCAAAGAGGAUAAUAAAAAAACCGAAAACGAAGUGAAAUUUAUUGCUCCGGAAUUAAACUCCUCUACUACAAAUAAACUCUCUAAUUUAGAUACAACUGCGUUAAUUGAUGAUACUAUUUCAAAUAGCAUUCUAAACAAAGAUGAAGUUGACCCAGUUUCCUCCAUAAUUCAUGAUGAACCAGGUUAUGAAGACGCUCCUACGCGACCAGUAACCUCAAACAAACCUCAGGAAUCAAUAAACAAUCAAAAUAUUGAACCCGUAGCGGAAAAACGUACCGCAAAUGAAGUUAAUCAGAGUGUCGAUAAGGCGCAACUCAACACUCUCAAUGAAAAAAAUAUAAUCAAAUAUCAUGAAUCAAAUAAAACUGAAAAUAACAAAAAAGACGAACAAAAAUUUCUCGAAAGUCAGGAAUCCACCACUUCUGCUGAUUCCUGUACUACAGUUAUAUUUAACGAAACUGAGACACAACCUGCACAUUUAUCACAUGAUGAAUGUCAAAAGAUACCACAUGAUGAUGAAUCUCAAAAGAUGUCAUCUACAGAUGAAAAUACAGGCACAGAUACAGUAGUUCAGGAAAGUGAUAACAACAACGAGGAAAAUAAAGUAAUUAAAAUUUCAGAAGAUUUAAAAGUAGAUAACUCGAUUAAUAACAAUACUGAAAAUAUACAUGAAGAAAAUGUAUGCGAUUCUGUGUCACAGAUAAAUAACGAUACUCCCACUGUAGAACCAGAAAUUGAAAAGAAAAUUACUCAAGAAAGUGAAACAGCCAAUAUAAGUGCACCCAGUUUACACGAUACUGAAAACGAUAAUGUUAUUAAAGAAAUUCACCUUGAAGAAAACCAAAAACACAUACUCCCUGAAACUAGAGAAACGAUGAGUAAUGAGAAUGACAAUAUAUCAGGAACUGAGAACAAUUUGGAAUCAUCUGAUGUGCAAAAAAUUGAACCAACGGAUCCCCAACUUGGUGAUGAUAAAGGCGACAAACCUGGUGACCAUGACGUAUCAAUUGCAACCAGUAACGAAACAGACACGGAGAAAGAGAAGGAAAAUAACGAACUAAAUGACAAUAAAGAAUUAGAAAAUUUGCAUGCAAAUGAAACUUCAUGUUUAAAAAAAGUUGCUGAUGCCGAUUUUAGUGACUCGCAGGCAAUAAGUGGAAGCAACAGUAGUGAAAGUGAAAUGCAUGCGUCUGAAUCCAAAACGGACGAUUCAAAUAUAAGUUCGGAAACAAAUUUAAAUGAUACACCAGUCAGUCAGUCCUCUACUGAAAACAAUAAACUAAACCUAUCUGCUUUAGAAAGUGAAAUAAUAAAUGCUAACAAGCAAAUACAGAAUAUAGUUGCAAGAAAUUCGGAAGAACGUAAUGAACUUUCAGACAACGAUAGAAAAGAUUCGAUUGCAGAUAAUAGUUCUGCUGAUGAAACAAAAACAGAAACUUCUUUGUCAACAUCCAGCAAUAGUGAAACCGAUAAACUAAAAAGUGAAGACAGUACAGCUGAUAUUUCUUCUGAAAAGGAAGAUGAGAAAGAACCUGUUGUUAAGACAGAUAAAGAUGUUUUACGCAUACAUAUUCCUUUGAGAGAAUUGUCUGAAAUAAAAGAAGAAGACGGAGAUGCAAAAUCUUCAGCUGAUUCGGUGGAAGAUUUAGAUGAUGAAUCUAAAUCCAGCAAAGAUUACACCAAUUCAACUGAAGAUGAAAAGCAAACUGAAAAAGACAAUAAAAAAACACAAGAAAUAAAAGAUGGCGAUAAUAACGUCAUACCACAUAGAGAUUUAGAAUCUAAGAUGCAAGGUGAAAAGCAAGCAGAAGAAGAAAAUGAAAAAACACAAGAAAUAAAAGAUGCCGAUAAUAAAAUCAUAUCAAAAAGAGAAUUAGAAUCUAAGAUGCAAGAUGAAAAGCAAGCGGAAGAAGAAAAUGAAAAAACACAAGAAAUAAAAGAUGUCGAGCAUAACGUGAUACCAAAUAGAGAACUGGAAUUGAAGACGCAAGAUGAAAGGCAAACGGAAGAACAUGAAAAAACACAAGAAAUAAAAAAUGCGGAAAAUAAUGCGACACAAAAUAUAUCAUCGGAAUCUAAGAUGCAAGAUGUUGAAAAUUGUAACAAAGACAAUGUGAAAAGUGAAAAUCUAAUUACAGAAAAUGACAAAGCGCAAAAAACGCAGGUGAAUGAUCUGGAAGGAACCAGAAAAAAGUCCGCGAGUCCGAUAAUCAGUUUGGUGCACACUGGCGAAUUUCAUGAUACAAUAACUGUCCCUAUAUCUGUAAGUCCGCCGACGACUUCUUCAAAAGAGGCAGAAAAUCAAUCCAACGUUCGACGAAGCUCGCCCCAAGGUCUAGUACAUACAGGAGAACUUCACGAUAAUGUGUUGCCCUUAUCAGUUCAGCUAAAUGAAGCCCCACCAGCAGGUGCUGAGAUCUUGACGUCACAAGCGUCCGAGUCAAUCGACACCGACGGUCAGAAAGGGGCGCAGGCGUCGAAUAAAGACGCCUCAGCAUGUGAGACUCAGCCAGACAACACAACGUCGUCGGCAGCUAGUAUGGAAACUGAAAAACGGAACAACGCGACAACUAUACCGAAGAAAAGUAUGGAAGCUGAAGCCGCCACCAAGAUCCAAGCCGGAUUUCGGGGAUACCAAGUCCGCAAGCAACUGAAAAACAAGAUCAGCUCUCCCGGUGACAUUUCAAAUCAGCGUCGUUCAUCUAGACGCAAAAGUUCUGGGAGACUAACAGAGUCCGGGAGGAUCAUUCAGAAAAAAUCAAAAUCUCCAUCUGAUCUUGAAGAAAAGUCUGCUGUGAAAAUUCAAGCUGGAAUACGAGGAUUUUUGGUCCGCAGGCGACAGAAGAAGCAGAAGCAAGGGAAAGAAUCGUCAUAAAAUUCGUAAAAAUAACUAAUGCAACAUUCUGUUAUAAAUUGAGCGUUUCACCAUCUACAACCAUGAAAAACUGGUGCAAGUUCAGUCUUAUAAAUAUUUCCACUAUGUAGAAAUAAUGUGAUUUGGUUUAUUUGCAAUUGCAAGUUAUUUUCGUUCGAUGUUAACCUCGAUUCGGCAUAUUUUUCAUUUUAGUAACACCUCUAAAGAUGGUCACUGUUUACUAAGAUUCUACCGUCCACUCUUUGUAUAACGACUGUUAACAUUAAGUAAACAAAAUAAUAAACGAUAUUUUUUUAAAUAUAAUAAUUACAAAUACUUAAAGCUCCACAAAUGAAUGAUUAUAAUUUCAUGAUUCCAAGUAUAACUAACUAUAUUGUUUAAGCACUUUCCAAAUAUUAGAUAAUUUAGAAAUUACUUAGACAUGUUUAAAUACGUAUACACGAAUCGUACUACUUAGUUAUUUAUACUUAAUUAUUUUUAUUAUUUAUUUAAAUAUAUAGUGUCCUAGUGCAAAUACUUCUUUAAAAUGAAGACGUGUGUGACUAUGUCUAGAUUAAGCACAAUUUUCUGUUUGUUAUCAAUUUAAAAACGUAUCACGCCGUUCCAUUCGUGUACACGUAUUCCUGUUUUCAAAAACAUUUAUUGAUAAAAUGUAUUUAUAUUUUCCUAGAGAAUUAUGUAAUAAUAAUAAAUAGAAAAAAGCAUUAUAA